AUGCCCCGGGUGGUUCUGCAGGAUGCGGUGCUGCAGCCAGUCUUCGAGCAGGUGGCCAAGGAUCACCGCAGGAAAGCCAGCUGGUACUUCCAGAAGACUGGAGGCCCUACGACCAUCUCCUUGCAGCACGCGGGGGAGGAAGCCAUGCCGUUCACCGGGGCCUUGGAGAAUGCGACCUUGACCAAGUUCCUGCUGGACAAUUCCAUGCCCCUCUUUGGGGAGCUGAACGGGGAUUCCUUUGACCGCUACUUGGAGGCGGGCAAGGGCCUGGUGUGGAGCCUCUACCCCAAGAAGGAGCAGACCAUCGAGGAGAUCAUGGCAGAGCAGCGGCCCAGCAUGUCGGAGCUGGCGAAAAAGCUUCGGGGGAGGUACUUCGUCACGUCCACCGACACCGUGAAGUUCAAGGAUGCCAUCGAAAGCAUGCUGGGGGUGACAGCUUUCCCUGCCGUCGCCGUCCAGAAAAAGGCGGGCGACAAAAGGAAGUUUUUGUUCGAAGGCGACAUUACGGCCGACAAGGUGGCGCAGUUUGUUGAAGACGUGGAUGCGGGGAAAGUGGCGCCUUCGUUCAAGUCUGAGCCGGAACCAACAUCCACGGGGGAUGAUGUAAAGGUCGUAGUCGCCUCCACGCUGAAGAAGGAGGUUUUUACGCCGGACCGGGACGUGCUGCUAGAGGUCUACGCCCCCUGGUGCGGGCACUGCAAGAAGCUGGAUCCGGAGUACCUCAAGCUGGCCAAGAAGAUCCGAAAGGAGGAGCUAGGGGACCUCGUGACGAUCGCCAAGAUUGAUGGCACUGCAAAUGAUAGCCCUGUAGAUGAGAUUGACUGGAGUUCCUUCCCCACAAUCUUCUUCAUCAAAGCGGGGCAGAGCAAUGCCACCGUCUACGAUGGCGAGAGAACCGCCAAAGGUUUAUGGAAGUACAUCCGGAAGCACGCGACGAAAGCGCAGGAACUACGUGAUCGAUUGGAGAGAAGGAAGGGCUCAAGCAAAAAAGGCGAAGAGCUGUAG